AUGGCGCCGUGGACUGCUGCAACUCGCCAAGUUGCGAAUAUGACGCGGCUUUCCUCUCCCAAGUCAUUUCCUAACACUCAAGCUGCUUCCCUCGUCCAACGGCGUGGCCUUGCCGGCGGUGCUGGCGUUGAGAGUCGCGGGAGCCAACGACCUCUAUUCUCGGGGUAUGGGCAUCGCCCAAGCCCCUUCACGUCACGGGUGCAACUGGAAAAGAGGCCACCCGAUGCCAAACCCUUCAAAGUGGACAAGUAUAAAGGCACUGGGGACCCUCACCUUCACCUUGAAACAUUUCUUUCGUUAUGCAGCUCCACUCGGUACACAGAUGCCAUGGCUUGUCAUGCCUUCCAGGAAACCUUCUCGGAUGAAACACUCAGUUGGUUCCUUAACCUACCACCCAACUCCAUUGAUAAUUUUGAUCAGCUCCGGAACGCUUCCUCAACUGUUUCAUACUCCAUACUAGCAUCUAUCGAAGUGUGGAUGCCUUAUUUCACAUCAAGCAAAAAGAAGGUGAAGGACUCCAUGAGUUACUGUCCUGGUGGCAAUCAGCCACGGAAUCCUCUCGGGUCAUAUGACGCUUUAAUGGACCUUGCUGUCCGAUGGGCACGUUCUGAGUUUGCCACCUUUGGACAUUCCAAUCCCACUACCACAUUAGCACUCCCAGCUCCACCCCCAAAGCAACAACCCCAGAAGUAUGAGCAUUACGAGAGAGGGCACGACAAGAGCAAACAACAUGGUAGCUCCCGGGAUAACAACCAGGGACGUGGCUCAGAUAGUCGCUACAGUGGGCAGCGAGGACGGGACCAUCCUUAUUGGCCCCGAGAGCAAAGCCCUCAGCAGCAUCAACGUCACUCCUCCCCACCACCCCGUUACGAAGUCCACACUACCCUGACAACUACAUACGAAGAUAUAUGGGCUAAGCACAAGGACCUCAUUCCCCCACCACCUAAAAAUAAGUAUCCCAAAAAGCCCCGGCGGGCCACAAGGAACAAGUAUUGUGCUUACUAUGAUGAUAAUGGUCACACCACUAAGAUGUGCCACGGCCUCCGCAAUGCAAUAGAACACUUAAUGUGGAACUGA